AUGACAGAAAUCAAAGUGAACAGUGGGAGAAAAAUAGUGGUUUUUCUUAUUUUAGUGAUAUGCAUAUCUUCAUGCUGCAGUAUACAAUUUAGAAUGAAGGACAAACGUCUGAACCGCAAGGUUAUCAAGAAGUAUUCACAAAACUCACCAGUAAUCUUUAACAUCAAGGCGGACAAAGCCGAGUCAUUUAAGAAGUUACCAGCCAAACCUCCGCCAGUGAAACGGUCUAUACCAAAGUUGGUACCACUGAAUAGGUUGCCUAGAUCUAUAUUUACUGUGCCGAAACUGCCUCUGGUACCAUUCUUUCUGCCUUUAAUCCCUAGAACACCCCUCCUUCCACUGUUUCCUAAUUGGGUGCCGCCUCCAACUGCGCCUACAUCGCCCAUACUCCCGCCUGUAUCCAGGCUGAGCCGCCUACUCGGCUGGGAGAAACACGACAAGAUAAUUGAUAAACUUUGGGAGCUCAGGCAUAAUAAGGGUAUGACGACAGCCGAGCACCUUAGAUAUAAGAAAUUCUUGUUCAAAUAG